CAACAGUUAGUUAUAACAUUACAAACAUCCGGAAGAGAUCAAGCAACGCUACUAUAUGCACAGUAGCACACCUAAAACUGAGGUUAAGGUUUUGACUACUUCUCUCCCGCGGCGAAAGCGCACAGCAUUGCCUACCUGUUCACAUCUUACCCCUACACAGGGCGUGCUUACGACAGAAGGAAAGAGGGGCCAGGACUGAAACGACUUUGUCGGGCUACAUAAAUCAUGAGGAAUUCCCAGCUGCGGAGCAGCGUGUUAUUUUCCAAUAGGUUGUUGAGCUGUCACAUUACAACUUGUUGCUCUAUGCAGCGCUAUUGAAAUAAAUCACGGCGCGUACCAGGUUCUGCUCUGCCACCUAUAAGUCGCUCCGCAUUUUACACCUGGGAGGCGGGCCCGGCGAUGCGAAGUCACGCCGAGCAGCCGCUUCGUUCGAAAUGCCCGGGAAGGGGAGGAACCUGGCAGGAGAAAAUGCAAACAAGUUUCGUAAAGUAACUUUCCAACAAGACCUCGCUGUCAUCUCGGCUAAUUACGACUCUGAUACGGCUUAUUAGUGCGUACCCACCUUUGCUACCUUGCUUCUCCACCCACCACCGUUUCAGAUCUUUUUCCUAGCUCCGCCUCUCGCCGGCGUUAUAAUGGGCUGGUCUGAAAGUGGUGAAGAGACACAGAACCACAGGGGAAGAGAGAGAUAAUGACAAUAACGCUAAUAACCCUAAUAACCCGGCUGCUCCCCGCGCCGCAGCGAGGAGCCGGCCCGGCUGCCCGGCGCUGACGGGGACCCGCAGCGGCGAGGAGGAAGCCGGAGAGAGCGGAGCAAGUGACCCCGGCGGCCCUCCGGAGCAUCGCCCCGCCACCGGGGAGCGCCAGACGGGACCGGCUGCAGCGCCCCGAGGACCACCGGGCUCGGGGGGGGGGCGCAGAGAGGAGCCCCGGCAGCCGGCCCUCCGCGGGGACCCGCUCUCCUCUGGCCCUAUGGAGCAAGCCGCGUAGCGACAAGGGGGACGGAGAGAGCGGCAGCAUCGCAGGGCGACGAGGACGCGGAGGGGGAAGCCGUCGGAAGCACCCCGGUGCCGAUCCCGGUCCCGGUGCCGGUGCCCGCCUAGCUGCCCGGGGAGCGGUGCCCGUCCGGCCUCCGCGGAGCUGUCCAAGGCGGUGCGGGGCCAGAGCCGCCCCCCCCCCGCCCCGGCCUCGCCCGGCCCCGCCGCCUCCCCCCCGGCCUCGCCGUCGGGGCCGCACUGAGGGGCGGGGGUCGCCCCCUCGGCCGAUCCGCGGGGCGCCAUGAAGCUGGAGGUGUUCUCGCAGCAUUACGAGGACAAGCUGAGCGCCGGCAGCGACCAGGAAGGCAGCGGCUCCCUCUCCCCGGCGCCGGCAGACAGCGAGCUGGGCUCCGACGGCGACUGCGCCGCCAACAGCCCCGGCGGCGGGUCCGGGAGGACGGGGCGCCCCCCGCAGCAGCCCCCCCCGGCCCCUCAGCAGCCUCCGCCGCCGCCACCCCCGCCGCCGCCGCCCGAGAGCGCCAAGGGGAAGCCCUACACGCGGCGCCCCAAGCCGCCCUACUCCUACAUCGCGCUGAUAGCCAUGGCCAUCCGGGACUCCGCCGGGGGCCGCCUGACCCUAGCCGAGAUCAACGACUACCUGAUGAGCCGCUUCCCCUUCUUCCGCGGCGCCUACACGGGCUGGCGCAACUCGGUGCGCCACAACCUCUCGCUCAACGACUGCUUCGUCAAGGUGCUGCGCGAUCCGGCGCGGCCCUGGGGCAAGGACAACUACUGGAUGCUCAACCCCAGCAGCGAGUACACCUUCGCCGACGGCGUCUUCCGACGGCGCCGCAAGCGCCUGAGCCGCGCCGCCCCGCCGCCCGCCCGCCCCGUCGCCGCCCCGCCGCCACCGCCGCCGCCGCCGCCACCGGGGGAGGCGACCGGAGCGGGCUCCGCGUCCCCCGGCGGCUCCCCGCGGUGCUGCUGCGCCUCCUCGCCCUGCAACUGCGCGCCGGGCCCCGGCGCUAAGAAGGAGGCGGCGACAGCGAGCGGCGCCGCCAAGUUCUCCAGCUCCUUCGCCAUCGAGAGCCUCCUCCGGAGGCCGCCGGGGCCCCGCGCCCCCCCGCAGCCUCCCCCGCAGCCCCGGCCCCACGGCCGCCUCGUGUGGCCGGCGCCCCCCGCGCCCCCGCCGCACCUGCUGGCCGGUCCCUACCCGCUGCUGCCCUACCCGGGGGCCGCGCAGCCCCCCCCCGCCGCCCUCUACGGGGGGGGUCUCCUGCAGCUCUGCGCCUACGGGCUGCCCGAGCCGCCGCCGCUGCUGCUGCACGGCGGGCGGCAGGCGCUGCCCCGCGGGGAGCCGUCGGGGGAGCGGCCGCCGGAGCCGCUCUUCCCCGCCGGCCUCCACAAAGGGGGCCGGGGGGGACCGCAGCCGGGGUCCCCGCUGUACGCCCCCCUCCGGGUGCAGCCGGCCGCCGGGGGCUCGGCCGCCUUCCAGCCGUACGCCGUGGAGACCCCCCUGGCUUAAUGGAGCCCCCCCCCCCCCGUCUGCCCCGCGAGGGGAAGCAGGGAAGGGGGCGAGGAGGAGGCUCUGGAUCCCGCACUUUAGCCCCAGAAGCGCCCAAAGCCUCCAAGCGAAAGCCUUCGGUGACUGUGCCUUAGAGAAAUGACAGCGGGUUCGCGUCAACCCAACCCAAAUCGGCCCCAAACGUGCCGUUUCGGACGUAGCCAUGAGCCUCAAGUGCUUCUUACUGUUUGUCGAGACUACUUGACUUCAGCCAUUCCCUCGCCUUCCCCUUUGGACACCCCCCCCCCUUUUUUUUUUUGUCCCCGCACCUCCCGCCACCGACGCCUUCGGUGACAGCAGGGGCUGUCCCCGCGGUGGCGGCAGCCGGGGGUCGCGCUGUGCACUCGGGAAGGCGGGGAGGGGGUGGUGGGAGGGUGGGAAAGGGGGGGUCGGGGGGGCUGCUGCGGAGCCGUAGGGUCUGUACUGCAAAGCAUCACUGUGCCAAAAGAAGCCUUUUCUCCUGUCCGGCAACUAGCAUUUCGUGGAAAGGGAAGACAUUAAAUUAUUUAUAAAAGUAGUGUUUUUUUUUUAAUUUUAUUUUGUUUUUUCACACGAGGAGAGUGCGGCUUUUUUAAUUAAUUAAUUAUUGCUCGGGGGAAGGGGGGACAGGGAAACGCCAGUCGUUGGCACCCCUGCUGGCUGGAGCCCUACACUUAAGGCCACGACCCCUGCUACUGGAAAGAGUGAUGUUUUUCGUAUUUUAUUUUCGUGUUUGUAUAUAAUAGAUGUGCGUGUGCAUUUUACUGAUGCUCGGCCACGAUGUUCCUUCUUUUUUUUUCCCCUCUUCUCCCCUAAUAAAAGCCUUCCCCAGGUAAAGCCUGCGCUAAGAAGAAGAGCACGGUGCCUGUGCUGGGAAGGGAGGCUGCUGGGGUCACCCGUGCGGGACCCCCGCGCUAUUUGGACCGCAGGAGGUGAGGGAGCUUCUCCCCCCGGCUCAGGGACUGCCUCCAGCUUUGGAAGUCCUUAAAUUCCUCGCGUCAAAUCGCCUUGCCCCGCUGCUCUUCAGCCCUGCGAAAAAAUAAGGGCUGGCUGCCCAAACCGGGGGAGGCUUGCAGCGUGCGGAAGUUCGGCGCAUCUGCCUGCCGUUUUUUAUCAUUGUUAUUAUUAUUAUUGUUUCACGAAGGACAGCAGGCGAAAGGCAAUCUUGUUGUCAUCUCUUGGUGCAAAGCAAACCCGCCGCAGGAAGGUCGUUAGCACGGCCUGGCAUCUACAGGGGGCGAAAACGCAGCAGCCUGAGCUCUAUUGGAGUAUUCGCCGGUAAUAAAAAAAGUUUUCACACCUUG